UGUGCUGGGCGCGGGGCUCUGCACGCUCCCGUGUAAUGUCAGCCACCCUGGGAGGCAGACCGACGGCUGACCGCUGACCGCCCUCCCCUCAGCCAUGGACACCCUCGGCUAUCCUUCGUCGGUGCCCACGACCUCGGAGCCUGAGAACGCCUCGGCCUGGCUCCUGGAUGCCACCCCGGGAAACGGGUCCGCGGCCCCGAGCGCGGCCGGGCUGGCCGUCAGGGGCGUCCUCAUCCCCCUGGUCUACCUGGUGGUGUGCGUGGUGGGCCUGCUGGGCAACUCCCUGGUCAUCUACGUGGUCCUGCGGCAAGCGGCCAGCCCGUCGGUCACCAACGUCUACAUCCUCAACCUGGCGCUGGCCGACGAGCUGUUCAUGCUGGGGCUGCCCUUCCUGGCUGCCCAGAACGCCCUGUCCUACUGGCCCUUCGGCUCCCUCAUGUGCCGCCUGGUCAUGGCCGUGGACGGCAUCAACCAGUUCACCAGCAUCUUCUGCCUCACCGUCAUGAGCGUGGACCGCUACCUGGCGGUGGUGCACCCCGCCCGCUCGGCCCGCUGGCGCACCGCCCCCGUGGCGCGCGCCGUCAGCGCGGCCGUGUGGGUGGCCUCGGCCGUGGUGGUGCUGCCCGUGGUGGUGUUCUCGGGCGUGCCCCGCGGCAUGAGCACCUGCCACAUGCAGUGGCCCGAGCCCGCGGCGGCCUGGCGCGCCGGCUUCAUCAUCUACACGGCCGCGCUGGGCUUCUUCGGGCCCCUGCUGGUCAUCUGCCUCUGCUACCUGCUCAUCGUGGUCAAGAUGCGCUCGGCGGGGCGGCGCGUGUGGGCGCCCUCGUCCCGGCGGCGGCGGCGCUCGGAGCGCAGAGUCACGCGCAUGGUGGUGGCCGUGGUGGCGCUCUUCGUCCUCUGCUGGAUGCCCUUCUACGUGCUCAACAUCAUCAACGUGGUCUGCCCGCUGCCCGAGGAGCCCGCCCUCUUCGGCCUCUACUUCCUGGUGGUGGCGCUGCCCUAUGCCAACAGCUGUGCCAACCCCAUCCUGUACGGCUUCCUCUCCUACCGCUUCAAGCAGGGCUUCCGCCGGGUCCUGCUUCGGCCUUCCCGCCGGGUGCGAAGCCAGGAGCCCCCCGCCGGACCUCCAGAGAAGACAGAGGAGGAGGAGGAGGAGGACGAGGAGGACGAGGAUGGAGAGGAGGGUGGGGAGAAGGGGGCAGGGAAGCAGGGGGAAGCGAAGGAGAUGAACGGCCGGGUCAGCCAGAUCACACAGCCUGGCACCAGCAGGCAGGCGCUGCCUCCCAGCUGUGUGCCCGGCAAGGAGCAGCAGUUCCUACCCCAGGAGCCUUCCUCGGGGGAGAAGCCGGGCGCCCUGCACAUCAGCUGUCUGUAGGGCCUGUGGGGGGGUCCGGAGUGGCCCAAGCACAGAGCAGAGGCUGUGGGUGCGCCUCGGCCUGCCACCCGAGGUGCCGGGGCCCGCGAUGGGCUGUUCAGACCCCAUUGCUGCCGAGACUCGCUGUGUGACCGCGGAUAGGCCACGUCCCCUCUCUGGGCCUCGUGCUCUGCUCUGUGACUCAGGGAUGGGAGCCAUCGGUCUAGACAAGCUCUGCGGGAUGAGGAGACUGGAGGGACGUUACCGCUGGGUGGGGCCCAGGCGAAGGGGACAGGUGCAGACUGGCCAUCCCCGUCUGAGACGGAGCAUCCUGGUGGGUUGGCCUGAGCCUUGGUCCUCAGAGGAUAAACCAAGGCCUGGGUUCCCUGGGCUCAGAGUCA